CAUGCUAUUCGGGACGAUACAUCAACGCCACCAAUAGCCCACUGCUUUGGUCCUAUAGGUAUAAUUCAAAUGAAGUUACGAUGGGAAGGUUCUUAUUGUUGCUUUUCUUCUGUCCGUUUUCCUCAUCAGUGAAACACUCCUUGAAGUUUUUCUUCACUCAAACAUCUGGAGUCCAGAGCAUCCCUGAGUUUGUGGUGGUUGCACUUGUUGAUGAAGUCCAGGGAGGUUACUAUGAUAGCAACACAGGGAGACCAGAACCCAAAACAGAAUGGAUGAAAAAGCUCGUGAAGGAUGAUCCUCAGCACCUGGAGUGGUACACUGCUCGCUCUUUGGAUGUCCAACACUUAUUCAAACAUUACAUUGAGAAUUUGAGGAAACGUUUCAACCAAACUGGGGGUGUUCAUAUUUUGCAAAAGUUGGAUGGCUGUGAAUGGGAUGAUGAGACAGGAGAGGUUAAUGGGUUCAAUCAAUAUGGUUAUGAUGGAGAAGAUUUUCUUGCACUGGACCUGCAGAGACUGACAUGGAUUGCUCUAAAACCACAGGCUGUCAUCACCAAACUGAGAUGGGAUGGUGAAAAAGACAGAUUAGAAUACAACAAAAACUUUUAUGUCCAUGAAUGCCCUGAGUUUUUGAAGAAGUAUGUGCAGUAUGGGAAGGAUUUUUUGCAGACAGCAGUUCUUCCCUCAGUGUCUCUCCUCCAGAAGUCUUCCUCCUCUCCAGUCAGCUGCCACGCUACAGGUUUCUAUCCUGACAGAGCCGUGAUUUUCUGGAGGAAAGAUGGAGAGGAGAUUCCUGAAGGUGUGAAUCCUGGAGAGAUCCUCCCCAACAAUGAUGGGACCUUCCAGUUGAGUGUUGAUCUGAAACUUUCAUCAGUCACACCUGAAGACUGGGAGAGGUACGACUGUAUGUUUCAGCUCUCCGGUGUGAACGAGCACAUCGUCACCAAACUGGACAAAGCAGCAAUCAGGGCCAACUGGGAGAAGCCCGCUGACAUCACAGUUUCAGUGGUCGUUCUAGCUAUCGUCCUCAUUGCAGCUGUUGCAGUUGGGGCAGCUGUGGUGUUUGUCACUUACAAAAGAAAGAAAGCUCCUGACAAUGUCUCUGAACAGUCUGAGAGACUAAAUCCACAAAGGUGACCGUCCUUCAAGCAGUAUGACUUUACUCUGGCUGUUUCAGUUCUUCCACAGUUUAAAGUUUUACAUGUUAUAUGCAGUAGUGAUUAAUUUCCCAAAAGGUAACAGGAUAACAUCUUACAGAAGGUUUGUGCUGUUUAUUUGCUGUUUAUGUUAAUGGCAUAAACUGUAAUAAAUGUGCCUCAAAUAAAGCUCAAAGACUGAUAAUAGAAUAAUUCAUUCAUUGCAUGAACAGUCUUUUCAUGUAAUGAAUGAAUAAUUGAAUGCAGAAACACUUCCUCAUUCCGUUUUGAAAUCAUUCUUUCUUCUUUAUGUCUAUCACGUGUAAACCAGAAGAACUGUUUAACAGCUGAAUUGUAUGUGCUGGAACACUCGUACUAUUUUACCUGCUUAGGAUGUGUAGAAGGCCCCUAUGUGGCUGAUUACCUAUGGAGAGAAGUAUGUCUUAAGGGUGGUACAAAUGUGUAUGUGGAGUUUGUUUGUUUGUAUGUGGAGUGUGUGAAUGUGUGUGUGAAUGGGUGGAUGACUGAAUGUGUAAAGCGCUUUGGGGUCCUUAGGGACUAGUAAAGAGCUAUACAAAUACAGGCCAUUUACCAUUUGGAGUUCCAUAAGUUAAUUUUACUUCCAGUGAUUUUGGCUAAAUUUAGAAAAAAUAAAUCAUCAAACCCAAAAGACUCUAUUAUUUUGUCCCAGUUUUACCCAAAAACUAUUUUAAAAAUUAUUAUUAUCCUGUCCUGUAUGGCAGCUUUUGUUUUCAGGAUUAUGAUCUGAAUGCAUUAUUGUGCCAAACACAUGUUGUUUUUCCAAGAUCAGCUCUACAAAUUCUCUAUGGGCUCCUCUUGUUGAUGUGUUUCUUUUAUCUGUUUAUUUAUUUCUAUUUGUAUUAUUUCGGUUCUUACAUUAUAUGUAGUAAAGUAUGAUGUAUGUAAAUCUAGAACAUUGUUUUUUCCAUUAACACUCAGAAUUAUGUUUUAUGUAUUCUCCAACACUUUACAUCAUUUCUUUGUGCUAUAAAAAGGUUGCUAUGCUAUUAGAACUUUUGUAUUAAUAAAGUUUAAUUUUUUUUUAAAGAAAAGUUCACUCUGAGCUGCUCUGUGUGUGUGUCCUUGAAAGAGAGAGAGAGACUCACAGUGUCAUGAUCUGGGUGAGUGUGUAGGAAUUUCCGCCAGGUUUCUGAGCUUCUCUGGUCUCCACCUCUUGGCAGGGCUGCCACCUCCCCAGCAGCUCCACGUACCUGGAUCUGAUUCAAAGCUAUCAGGCUGAGAGAUUUAAGCUCCCUGUUGACUCUCCUUCACCAUCACUUUGUCAACUACUCCAAGUUGUUAACUGGCUCCCAUGAUCCAUGUUACUGUUUCCUAGUGUGUUACUUACCUUGUUUUCCUGUGCCAGCUCUACUGGACUCUCAACACUUGCCUUUGGCUACAGCUGCUCUUGGAUUAUUACCUCACUCUGAAUCUCUGUCUGAGCCUCACCUGCCUGCCCUCCAACUAGUGAUGGCCAAAUGAAGCUUUCUGAAACACUGACGCUUGUUUUAAAAAAUGGUUGUGCCAUGGCAUGGUCUUUCUUUGCUUAUGACUUCUUGAUGGUGGUACAUACCAUAGAUGAAAAAUGCAUGUAAUAUACAUAUAAAAAUGUACAACACAUUAUGGAGUAUGCUUCUGCUGUGACGUCCUGUCUCCAGGUACUUAUGUAAUUAAUCACUGGACAGCUGAACAGGUAUGUAUGUAAGUAAGUAAGUAAAGUUUAUUUAUAUGGCACCUUUCA